CACUAUCAAUGGAUUCAGCUCGAUUGCACUAUAAAGCCCUCAAAAUCAGGCCGUAAGUAUACAAUGUUUCAGAAUAUUACAAUAUACAAGUCACAAAGACUUAUCUCAUAGAGAUUCACCAAGGUAGACCACGGUUCACGAAGAAACCACGAACAGAUCACUCAGACACAUAAGUCACAGGAACUGCCAUCCAAGAAUCACAUGACUUCACAAGUCAUUAAACAAUGUGUAAGCUAUUUCACACAGGAAACACAAGAAAUCACCAAGAUUUCAUCAAACCCGACUGCACAUCACAUGAAACCACUUAGGUUUCCAUAAACUCAACACAGCAGUUCACCAUGUUAGAGAUCUAUAAUAUAUUAUGGAUUAACUCAAGAAAGAGUUCUGAAAAUCACUCAAGAAUAGAGCCAAAAUGAGAGAUUCAUCGAGAGAGAAAGAGAGGCGACUAAAAAACCCUCGAACUCGAGAAGCCGAAUGGAGUAGAAUGAAAAACCAACAGCCACCCAAACCAUUUAGGGUUAAAUACAUAGAAUGAUCUAGAAUCAAAUCCAACGGCCAAGAGAUCAGCACGUGUCACAAUCCAAUUAACUCCUUCCAUUAGUAAAGUGUCACUUUACAAAACACGCUUUUAGUUAAAAUUGUGGAAGCAUAAUUUAAAUCAAAGUGAUCAACAGUUCGACUCCCAACACCCUCCUAAAAAAGUUUUCAUGUGUCAUAUAUUAUCUACCUAUUGAAAAUCUCAGAAAAUCCCUUGUUUGAAACCUUUUGAGCGAAAAAACCCAGAGCUAUCAAGAUUCAUAAGAUCUGUUGUUAAACAGUAAAGAAUGUCAAAAUUAAAAAUGAAUAAUUAUAAUUUAUUUUUUAACAGAUUAAAUCCAAUUUUUUAAUGUGUCUAACCAGUCGAGAACCGCCACUGAACAUCUGAAAAGAUAAAGCUUAGGUGGAGCUGACUCAAUAGCACGUCGGCUUCCAUCUCUGUUCGUGUUUCUUGGCCAAGCAUUUGUUCAAAAUAUCUUUCGCAGCGUCGGAAAUAUUUUUGAGUAUUGGAUUACCAAAUCCAAUCCGUAGAAACAAUUCUGCAUCACUCCGAGCAGUCGAUCAAAUGCGUUUCCCUGUGAUCACUCCGACGGACUUCACAUCGGCGGUAGAAACUGAAAGAUGAGGAUCAACCUUUGCCGCUACAUGUACGGUUCCAUAGAUCGCUCACUUGCUCAUAAUAUAAAGCAAGCAAUUGUUCAUUAAGGGGUCCAGCCAGUUGUUCCUCAUAAUAAAUUCUAUCACUGCACAGCAAGACAUACAAUCUGUUCCAGAUAAUUCAGAGAAACCAAUAUUCUCUCAGAAUCAACUUGAAACAACGAGGACCCAUACUACCGAUAUUAGUGUGGAAAAUUACAAGAAAUGGCAUCAGUGUUUUUGUACCAUGUGGUGGGGGAUCUGACGGUGGGAAAACCUGAGCUGGUUGAGUUUGCAGAGACAGAAACAGUGGAGGCCGCCAUUCGGGCCAUAGGAGAAUCCUCGGAGGGAGGAAUUCCAGUGUGGAACAAGAGAUCACAGAAGAGUGUGAUUGAGAAUGCAGAAAUGAGGCAGCAGAGAUUUGUGGGCAUCUUGAAUUCCCUUGAUAUUGUGGCAUUCUUGGCCAGAGAGGAGUGUGUGGCCGAUCAGGCUAAGGCCAUCAAGACACCAGUUUCCGAGGUUGUAAUUCACAACAAUUCUGCGCUAAAGGCGGUUGAUCCUGGCACAAGAUUGAUAGAUGCUCUGGAGAUGAUGAAGCAAGGUGUGAAGCGACUCCUUAUUCCCAAAAGCAUAGUCUGGAGAGGCAUGAGCAAGCGCUUCUCAGUUCUAUACAAUGGAAAAUGGCUCAAGAACAUCGACACUUCUAGUGGCAAUAACACAAACCCUAUUGCCAACACUAACCUUCCAUCGUCAUCAUCUUCCACCGACAUCAUUCAGGACAAGUUUUGUUGUCUGUCAAGAGAAGAUGUUCUACGUUUCAUCAUUGGUUGCCUUGGUGCCUUGGCUCCUUUACCACUUUCCUCAAUUGCUUCCCUUGGAAUCAUCAAUCCAAACUACUGCUCUAUUGAAGCAUCUUUCCCAGCCAUUGAUGCCACCAAAAAUCGUCCCCAUGAUCCAUGUGCAGUUGCUGUUGUGGAGCCAACGUCAGAUGGUCAAUAUAACAUCAUCGGUGAAAUAUCUGCCUCUAAACUAUGGAAAUGUGAUUACUUAGCUGCAUCAUGGGCACUUGCUAAUCUCUCUGCUGGACAGUUUGUUAUGGGGGUUGAAGAUAACCUGACAUCAAGAUCACUUCCUGAUAUUGCGCUUAAUCAAAUGGUCGGGGAAUCGAAUUUAGGUAAUGGAGGAAUCCCAGCCAGGCAAAAAAAAUUCAGCAGCAGAAGUAUUGGGUUCUUUAGCAAUGCCGCAAAUUCAAGUUUUGGGGUUGGUAGGAGCAUGUAUCGGGGUAGAAGUGCACCAUUAACGUGUAAAGUUACUAGUUCGCUGGCUGCAGUAAUGGCUCAAAUAUUAUCUCACCGGGCAACACAUGUUUGGGUUACAGAGGCUGAAAACGAUGACAUAUUAGUUGGUGUCGUAGGUUAUGCUGAUAUCUUGGCUGCAGUUACCAGACAACCGGUUCCAGCCGUUUCGGAAAGCCAGCCAUCUUGAGUUUUUGCCAGCCCAUAUUUCUGCAAGAAUUUUGGGAUAGUUGUGCUUGUUUAUGCAUUGCAUUGAUUUGUCUUGGUAAUGUUACAACUUAAACAGAAGUUUAAUGUUGUGUAAGUUGAAGUGAUUCUGAGAAUGACAUAUACCUAAAACAUAUUAGCCUGCGUCUGGGGUUUUCAGUCAGUCUUUAGUUAAAAAUUGUAUGGCCAAACUUUAAACAAACUUUGGGGAUGAGAGAUGCAAUUAUGUUUUUCCCCGUUGAACUUACAAAAGGUGCAUUUGUGUUGUAAAUAUUAUUCUUUUGGGAAUAAUAUAGGGUGUAUUUACAAUUUA